CCGCAUGAUGAAGUUACCUAUCGUCACUAUCGGUCUAUACUGGCAACACUUGUAUGAACUAUCAUCAGCCCUUCUGCUUUAUGCAUUCGCUGCAUACUACUUUACGAAACUCCUGUAGGACCGAUCGCACCGACUCUGCAAAGCACCCGCUUCAGGCCCGUAUCCCCAUGGUAACAAUCCUACAUGUAUACGGCAAUAUCCGCACAAUAUUUGCCACUUUCACAGUCGGUGUAUGAAGCUGCACAUUAUGUGCAUCUGAUCCGCAGAUAUUGAUCGAUGAUUAUGCUCCGCCGGCAUUCCAGUCAGGUCAUCCGCCCACGGCCCAGAUCUUACACAUCGUGAAGAGCAAGAAAUUGCCAUAGAUAGAUCUAUGGUGCAGCUCAGGUAUGCAGUCAUCAGGGCCAUGUGCACUCAAAUCUCACUUUAGCUGCACAAAAGAUAAG